UGUUGAGAUCGAAACUGAAGGAAGAAAGAGAAGCCAAAGGAAGCAAAGAUCCCUGAUCUCCCCCUCCAUUUCUGACCCCAACAUCACAUCAAAUCAAACCUGAGAAAAAACCCUAAUCCUCACGCCUCUUUUCAUACACAGAAAUCGUGAGAGAGAGAACACAACACUUGCAAUUUUCUCUUUUUCAUGCACAUUGAUGAAAGAGGCUCAAGAUCCUCCCUGACCCAUUAACCGCAACAAUCUCAAACCCCAGAAUUCGGCCACACCCACUUCCCAAAAUCCUUCCUUCUGAACUCACCCAUAUGCUCCAACACCACACACUUCCCAUUUUCACCACUACCAUUGAUUACUAUUAAUGGGUGUUGAGAAAAAAUGGUUCUUCACCCUCUUCACCGCAGCAUUCCUCUCCCUCUCCAUUCUCAUGUUCUCUUCCUUCUCUUGCUUCACCUUUCCUAUGCCCUUUCCCUCUAUUGUCCACCAUGGUCCUCACCACCCUCCUGCUUUUGCCUACUUCAUAUCUGGUGGCAACAAGGACGGUGACCGGAUCUUCCGGUUGCUGCUGGCAGUCUAUCACCCCAGAAACCGCUACCUGCUCCACCUUGGAAUGGAUGCCAGGGAUGAGGAGAGGAAGAGGCUGGGCGCCGCGGCUAUGUCGGUGCCGGCGAUUCGUGCCUUCCGGAACGUGGAUGUGGUGGGGAAGGCUGACUAUGUGACCUACAUGGGGUCAUCCAAUGUGGCUGUCACUCUGAGGGCUGCUUCUGUGAUGAUGAAACUUGAUGGGGGGUGGGACUGGUUUGUGACUUUGAGUGCGCGGGAUUAUCCCCUUGUCACCCAGGAUGAUCUGGCCCAUGUUUUCUCUUCUGUUCAGAGGAACCUCAACUUCAUUGAUCACACGAGUGACCUUGGAUGGAAAGAAAAAGACAGAUUCCAGCCUAUUGUAGUUGACCCAGGAAUAUAUUUAGCUAGGAGAAGUCAAAUUUUUCAAGCUACACAGAAGCGGGAUACACCUGAUGCAUUCAACCUUUUCACAGGUUCCCCAUGGGUCAUCUUGAGCCGAUCCUUCUUGGAGUUUUGCAUCUUUGGCUGGGAUAAUUUACCUCGAACACUCCUGAUGUAUUUUACAAACGUCAAGUUAUCCCAAGAAGGUUAUUUUCACUCAGUCAUUUGCAAUGCACCGGAAUUCAAGAACACAACAGUAAAUGCUGACUUACGAUAUAUGAUCUGGGACAAUCCUCCAAAGAUGGAUCCACUCUUCCUUAAUGUAUCUGUUUAUGACCAGAUGGCAGAAAGUGGUGCUGCUUUUGCUAGACAGUUUGAAGCAGGUGAUCCAGUUUUGGACAUGAUUGAUAGAAAGAUACUUAAGCGUGGGCGUAAUCAUGCUGUGCCAGGUGCGUGGUGCUCAGGCCGGAGGAGCUGGUGGCUGGAUCCAUGCUCACAAUGGGGUGAGGAUGUCAAUAUUCUGAAGCCAGGUCCCCAGGCUAAGAAGCUCGAGGGUUCUGUUUCGAACCUUCUUGAUGACUGGAGCUCACACACGAAUCAGUGUCUUACUGCAAGUGAAGAGACACAAGACUAGAAAGAUCUUUGGAAUGGCGUGCAUUGUUGUUGUGCACCUCGAUUCAUUGACCAGUUGAAGCUGCUAUUAAUUUGAGGCACAUUCUUUGGUCACCAAUGCAAUUCAAUUUUUGGGGAGGGGGUUGAUGAGGCUCUCGUGGCUCUUAUUGGGAGUCUAGUACAGUCUUAGAGCGGGGAAGGGUAUGCUAGAGAUUUGGGGUCUUGAUAUUUCCAGUGGAUCCUCUGAUGUCUUCAACCCAUUUGAUCAAUUAGGAGAGCUUGCAGCCCCUGCUUCCAUAUUAUCUUAUUAUAUGUACUGUAUGUUUCUUUCACCCUCUUAGGGAUUUUAGACUUUUAGAACAGAAUGUUCAUUCUUUA